AUGGACUGGCCCUCCUUCAUAAAAUCGGUGGAGGAGGAGUCGCCCGGUGAUGUCGUGGUGGAGGCGGCCGUCCAAUGGUUCACAGAGAAGCUGAAGGCGAGCAAACCGUCGUUGGCUGAAGGCUUCACGGAAGCCUCUGUUGAAUCGUUGCUGCCAUCUGACAUCGUCGUACAGGCAUGCUGUCGAAGAGUCAUGAGAGCAGUGGAGUCCGUAAGUAAAGCCAAAAGGUUGCAAGUAGCACAGCUGCCAGCGGCUGUUCCAAGUGCAGUUGCUAAUGCUUCAGCUGGGGGUUUGGCGAACUUGUUGGCACCUGCCAAGACGGCCGAUGUAGCAAACCUGCUGGACAACGCAUCCUUGAAAGGAGUGUCUUUCAGCUUGCAAGCAGAGCAAGGCUUGUGGAGCGCUAUGCAGGCCCACAGUGACGAGGCCCGUGUCGCCAACAAGACACCGUUCCUGUUCGUGGACCUCACAGCUGCACACUGUCUGCCAAUGUGGCUGACACCAGAUCAGAUAGGGGGCAAAUUUCAUUUGCGAGAUGACCAGGAAUGGGCCCUCCAGGGUGGUCAGAGCAUCACAAACUUGCAAGAACUUGGACGGGCGUUGAAAAGUGCAACAGCGUCGACGAGGUUCUUCAGAUCGGUAGCGCAGUGGAACGGGGCAUUCAUGCGAUAUGCCAUUGUGGCUGUGGCUACGAAGCAGUUGACGUGGCCAGAUGUGCUAUCACACGCUGACAUUGUCAUGCAGCUGGCAGAGCAAGAACGGCUGAAAGGUCGGCCGCCGUACCUGGCUUUUGUCUACGAGGAGAUUGUGAGGAAAAGCUUUGCACGCAGGGCCGAGAAAAGAGAUCCUGACCUCAAGAUAAGCCAGGAAAUUCAACGUGUGGACAAGGAUAUCUUGGACAUAGCACGACACAGACUGGCAGAUGUCUUGAAGGAUGCCGGCAUGGAGGGAGCAUCAGAGCCAGGCACGUUGAAUGCAAAGGUCUCGAUGACGGCUGAGGCCCUCAUCAACAAACAAACUGCUGUCUCAGAAGCUGCGCGAAAACAGGCAGAAAUGGUAUCCAAGCAGUUGGUUGAGACUCAGCAGCUCAUUUUGGAAAAGGGUCGGGCUGCUGCUGCUGACGGCAAAGGUGAUGGUCGGAAAGGCACUCCAACCAGCCUCACGCCCAGCAAGAGAGACACUGGGGUCCAUCCGGACUUUGCUGGAAUGCCGACAUUGUUCGAUGAGUUGCCCGAUGCUGGUGCAACCGACCCGAUAUUCCUCGAGUGCUUUGCCGGUGAUGCGGUGUUCACCAUGAGUGUGAUGCUACAUGGUCUGCCUUGUGCCAAACCAGUGGAUGUCCGGUACGGCCCUCAGUGUGAUGUAACGAUUGACGGUGACAGAUGGCUCACUGCGGCGAAGUCAGGAUCAAUAAAGCACGGGCACUUUGGAACGCCGUGCCAGUCAAUGACAUUUGCGAGGGAACCGCAGCUACGCGAUGCGAAGCAUCCGUGGGGUUUGCCAGAUUUGAUGCCGCACCAAGAGGAAUUAGUGAGACUGGGUAAUGCUCUUGCCGUUUUUACUGCGAACAUGUGCGCGUGUUUGUGGUCGGCUGGGUCGACCUUCAGCAUUGAGAACCCAGCUCACUCUUGGUUGUGGGUGUUGCAGCCAAUGAGGAUUAUCCAAGCGUUGCCUGGGGUUCAGAUCCUGCAAGUGCGAUUCGCAGACUUUUUGGUCCCCUUCGCUAAGCCAACAGUGUUUCUUCACAAUGUGGCACUAUGGCACAAACUCCGUCAAAGUGUUUUCCCGUGGCCUGGUAAGCUGACUGUUCUGAGGGGAUCCGAGCUGCCAGCUGAGGUGCGCGAAGCGCAGGCAUUCACAGACGUGGUACCUUCCAUGGGCCCCUUCUUGGUGCGUCACCCAUCUCUGGAGCCGUCGGUGUUUUCAGAGCCUCUGGAAGAAGCUUUGAAAUUUGAAAUCAGAGUCCGGAUCAAUCCAGCAGUUGCGGGAUCAACGGGAGGUUGGCGGACUCGCAUAGUGGACCACUAUACCGAGCGGGUCCCUGUGGCACCUGAGCACUUGGAGUUCAUGACGGAUACGCCACAGUGUGUCACAUGGUCUGACGCUGCGGGGGCCACGAGAUGGGUCGCUGCAAUAGUGUCGGUCCAUGGACAGUACUUUUGGACUCGUUUGAAGACGCCGGAGGCCAUCUGGGAACAACUCCUUGAUAGGGGUGACUUUCAGAUUGGUUUUCAGGAGCUUCUAGGCUUGCUGUUGGCUUGGGGUACCUUUGGCCAUUUGUUGGCACGGACGUGCUGGGUGGCUUUCGUAGACAAUGACGGUGUGUUGCAUGCUGUCAUGAAGGGCGGGGGCGGCGGUCCAGAAUCGUUUGCGUGCAUCGGUCACUUGUGGCUUGACCUGGCUGCAGCUCAAGUGGAUUUGCAUGUGGGUCGUGUGGAGUCUGCUGCGAACCCAGCGGAUGGGCCAACACGAGAUUCGCUUGAAGUGCUGCAGCGAAUGAAAGCCACAUGGAUGCAGAAUGCCGUGUAUCAGUUUCGCUUUGCAGCUUUGUCCGUUUGCCAUGUCUUGAUGGCCGCGCAUCAGCAACUACAACAACCUGCGAUGAUCAGUUCUGGACUCUUGCCAAACACACUUGAUGCGAGCAAGCAUGCUUGGACAUCAUCAAGAUGGAAAGCCACCGUAUGGGUACAAGAGGUUUUGGAGGCUUUCGUGUUGGGUCAGGGUCAAGAGAUGACUCGCUUGUUGAAGCAGGCAGAACGCAUGCAACUUGACAGGGAUGAUGUGGCGGUAACCGGUGUGCGAGUCGUGCUGGAUGCUCCUGAAAUAUGGAAAGACUUGCCUGAAGGGAUUCAGAAGAGGCGGGAUGAGCUUAGCGCCAGCUGGCGAAAGCUACGUAAUGGUGAUUCUCGGGCCCGACAUCCUCUAGGUGGUUGCAGGCCGUCUGAAUUCAAGGACAAGGUCUAUGACAUGGCGCACUGGUUAGUGCAAGUUGAUGGGACUGCUACGUUAGCGGUAUGGCACCAACGGGCGGCGAUGCAACUCGUCGGACGGGGAUUCCAUCAUCCAUCUCAUCUUGAUGGGCUUUCUGCUGCGACAGCUAUGAAGUUUGGGCAAUGUGAGAAAGGAAGGACAUUGCUCAAGCAAGCAGUUGCCACUGCCACUUCGCAGGCGUGUCGCAAGCGCGCUCGGUUGGCACAGACCUGGGCCAUAGAGCGGAAACAACUCCGGUCCGCCGAGGCCAUGGCGGAAGAGUGUAUCCUCAACAGCGAGCAGGCAGCUGGUUGUUCCAUUGGUUCCGGCAACGAUCAGUCCGGCCCGAGGGUUGCAAUAGCACGGGCAGCGAAUCAACCAGAUGCACUCCAGAGUCUGCAAAGAAGGGCAGAAGAGCUGAAACAGUCGUCUCGAAAGGACAAAAAGUCGUUGGCGUCUGGCCUUAGGGCAUGGCACGCUUUUGCAGUUUCGGUAUUGGGCUACAGCGCUGAGGAGUCUCUGCCUCCAGCAUCUUCGAAACAUGUGCUCAUGUUUCUGGCUUUGUUCCAAAACGCUGGCACGGCGGCAAACUACGUGGGUUGCAUUGCUUGGGCCUGCAAAUACUGGGGGCUGGGAUUGCAGUGGCAGGAUGACGAAGUCAAGCUGGCCAUGCAAGGCUUGAAGAAGCAGCAGCAGCAGCGAACAUGUGGAAUACUGUCCAGUCCGCUAUUGCUGGAUCAAACCACAGUAUCCCGCUUGGUCGCGUUUUGCACUGAGCUUGAGCAGUUUAUGGAGGCAGCGGAUUUGUUCGUCCUGGCAUGGCAGUUCCUUCUGAGAGUUCAGUCCGAGGGAGUUCCUAUAGAAGUUGGUAAUGAGGUUGAGCUGCGUUGCUUGCCUCCUGAACGGCAUUCUGCUCUUGUGGUGGACAAUGAUGGCAAUAUUCACCUCCGUCUUCGAUGUAGGAAAAACAAACCUGAGGGAUCAUUGCUUAUGCGGCCAUGCUCAUGUGACAUGCUAGGUGGUUCAAUGAUGUGCGCAUCCCAUCGUCUGCAGCGUCGCAUGAGGGACAUGGAACCAGGGCAAAGACUUUUUCCGCGAGGCGCUUCUUUUUACCUCAAGUGUUUGCACAGGGCUCUGGGGUUGAUUGGUGUGUCGUGUGCCUCCGGUUUUGGGUUUAAAGCAUUCCGAGCUGGACGAGCCACGCAGCUUGCGCGUGAGGGCAAGCCAACUCAUAUCAUUAUGCAGCUGGGAGAGUGGAAGAGCGCGUCAAUCCUCAACUAUGUUUCCGCUGAUGCGUUGGAUGCUUCAGUUUUUUGGAGAGAGGUGCAUGAAGAGUCUAAUUAG